ACCCUUUCUCUACAGCUCCCAAAAUCUGCUCAUUCAGUUUGAAACAUUUUUAAAUUUCAUUGACAAACUAUACCCCCCGUUUUUUUGUGUGAGUAGGUCACAGGAAUUUACAGGAAAAGUGGGCGUGGUAGUUGUUGUUGCCCCCUCCCACUUUUUCUUGUUAAGACAGUGAGGAAAAAAUGAUUUCUGACGACUUCGGGCCGGGCACAGCAGGCUUCACAGAAAUGCCAGACAAGCAGGCUUGGUGGAAAAGUCAGCAGAAGAAAUGCAGCAGAGUCAGCUGAUGGACAAAGAUCGACCAUCAAGUUCCUGAAGAAAAUAAUCAGCCAAAGUGAGAUGAUGUGGACAACUGUUCUCCUGCUGCUUCUGCCUCUUCUGUCUUCCACAAACAAGACAAAACAUGAUCACUUGAACCAAUCAGAAAUUCUACCUGAGGACUUCUCUGACAUCCCUGUCAAAACCCAGAAACCACCUGCAGAGGGCAAAGGUCAGGACACCUGCUCCAUCCCAUGUGAUAUCACUCUCAGACUGCUCCGAGAUGAAAAACAUUCCCUCUGUGGCCAGUUGCAGCAGUCACUGUUGGCCUUUGGUCGUAGCACCCGGAAGCUGAUGAGGGAUGUGAUGGAGGAGCAGCAGAGAGCCCUGGACGUCCUCAGUAAUCAAGUCAGUGAACUGAUGAUGAAGAUGCAGGCACUCAGCGCUGAUGUCCAGAGAAGCAACACUGAGAUGUUUUCAAUGAAACCUGUGCAAUCCCAUGGACGGGACUGCAGUGAGAUUAAGGACAACCUCAUGUCAGCCGUUCCAAAGAUCCCCAGUGGGAUUUACAUUAUCCACCCAGAGAACACAGAGUCUUCAUUCGAGGUGUUCUGUGAGAUGGACUACAUGGGAGGAGGAUGGACAGUGAUGCAAAAGAGGAUUGAUGGUUUAACUGACUUCAGAAGACCCUGGGCUGAUUAUGUUGAUGGCUUUGGACACCUUGCAGGAGAACAUUGGUUGGGUCUGAGGAAGGUGUAUCACAUCUUAAACCAGAAAGAUGCUCGAUUCCAGCUUCACAUUGCCCUUGUAUCCCAUGAUGAUGUCACUUCUUAUGCCUCCUAUGAUGACUUCCGCCUUGAUAACGAAACAAAUUUCUUCAGAAUACACCUGGGAAGAUAUGGAGGCAGUGCCGGGGAUGCGUUCCGGGGCUAUGACCAGGACCAGAACCAGGACACAGCUCCGUUUAGUGCUCUAGAUAUGGACAAUGAUGGUUGUAACCCCUCUUGCACCAUUGGAAACAAAAUUGUGGAAAGCUGCAGCAUUAAGCAGAACUAUACGGGCUGGUGGUUCAAUCAGUGCGGCCUGGCAAACCUCAAUGGCUCCCCCUGGGAUUCAGAUCAAAAUCUAGAGUGGCACAUCUUUUGGGACACUUGGAGGCACAAUGGAGUCCCUCACACUAUCAGAUCGGUUACAAUGAAGGUCAGAAGGAUUGCAACCAAUAACUGAUAACUGUCAUGCUUCGUUUACUUGUGUUGUGCGUUUAGCAUUUGGUGUUUACAUUGGACUAUUGCUACCCGAUAGUAGCGCAUGUACCUGCAGUUGGAAAAGGUGUCGUACGAAAGUUGAAGCGGUGUAAAUCUCGUGAAUCUUACUGCAGGCUUUUUCUUUCACAGCUCUAAUCCUAUAUAUGAAAGAUCACUCCUCUGUGAUCAAUUUUCAAACUGUUUGCAAUUCCAUGAAUGAAAAGGGAAAGAGACGCCAUCCAUAUGUCACUACUAAAUCCGACUCCCUGAUUGAUCAAAGUUCAACUGGUUUAACAUUUAACCCACGUUCAAUGGCCGCGCAUUUUGUUCCCAUAGAGCCCAAAAUAGGACUUAAAAACCUGAAUCGCUAAAUGUGAGGGUGAGAGUUUUGAGCGCGGAAGCCCAAAAAUAUGCAUAUUCAUGUGUUAGCCUAAACUUUUCAUUGGAAGUGGUUUCUUGAAUGUGCAUUGUUGAAAGUGGUGUGACGAAGGGUUAGAGCUUCAAAGUCCCGCAUGCAAACAACCAAAAUGAUUUGUCAGAUAUAAUAGCAAAUUAAAAAAACAUGUCCUUUUUUGGGAGAUCCUGUUUGUACUUCUUUUUUUACACAAAUCAAGGCAAACAAAAGCCUACUAACAUAAAAGAAGAUUUUUUUUACAAGUUCUAUAUAGGACCAGGAUAAAUGCCAUAUUCAUGACUGGUAGAUUGUUACAAUCACAUUCCAGGCUUUUUAAUGAUGAUGAAGAUGUAAACAGUUAUGAAUUUUGCUUUACCAUAAGUCCUUUGAUGUUUAUUUUUUAUUCUCAUUUCUAAAAAAAAUUUAUAACAAGCAAACAUCCAAGUUAUGUAACAUAAUCUUCUGAUCCUGAAGUCGGACAACAUUUUUUUAAAACCGUAAAAGAUCAAACAAAGGAGAACAUUUUAUAUUUCUCAGAUAGAAAAAUCUGCUGUAACAACAAUCUCAUUUUAUCUUUGCUCCCAUCACAAAGCUACAGGCUACAUAUCAAAAAUGGGAAAAUUUGAUAAAAUAACAUUUUCUGCAUCACAAACACCUUUGAGUAAAAACAUCAGAGCUGACCAGCCCCAGCAGGUGGUGCUAUAAAACAGGAUUUUGAGUGUUAGCUCAUCGUGCAUACUGACAACUGCAGGACUAAAACUAAGAAAUCUCUUCAAAAUUCAUCUGAACUGACACAACACAACAUAAGAAGCCUUUGUGGAAUCAUAGUUUAUCUCUGUGAAAUAUCUGUGUAGAAUAGUUGGUCUUGAGUGGUAAGAAAGCACAAAUAAACCAAUGAUGGGAAUGAACUUUUAAUGACU